AUGUUGAAGAACGAAAAAGAAGCAUUCGCAGGCUUCGUCGCACGCAUCGAGGUGGAAGACCUCUACCUGAAAGCUAUCGAAGAAGCCAAAGAGGCCGAAGCUAAGCGGAAAUCUCUUGAAAUGGGUAAGUUUUAUGUUACUUCGAAGAUAUCUGCUUCUUCCCUCAGAAAUCGAUCAGGAAAGUACCCUUGUCAUCAUCAGUCCCGCCUUUGUUGGUACGGACCAAACGGAUGCCAUAGUCGAACAGGUAGAUCUGUUACUUAUCCAUCCAUUAUACUGUAAAAAAGAUGGACAAACGAUCUCUGGAACAGUAGGUGUAUUAGUCUGAGCUUUCGGUCUCGUACAGGAGGCCAUCGUCAGAGACUGUGAGAAUGCGGCAUCAAAUUAAAAGUUUUUGUAGUCAGGUCACGAGGGGGGAUAUGAGUGCAGAGGAUGGUAUUCGCGAUGAGCUCCUGUACGAGACCGAAAGAUCAGACUAAUGCACCUUCUGCCCCAGAGAUCGUUUGUUCAUCUUCUUUAUAACAAGAACCUGGGAUUCACAUAUUCGCUUCCAUUCAUCCAUUAUACUGUUCGUAGUUCACUUCAAAUGACUUCGAAAUCCUCGUUGAUGAGACACGGCAGAUGGAUGAUGAUCUUAUCGAUGCCGUACUUAGCGACGAGAUGGACGACCCCGACUUCGGUCCUAGACUCAAUGUGAUGUCCAAGGGGCCGGCUCGCCUACUAAUAGUCGCCAAGGGACCGCAAGGUGUUCACGAGGCUAUAGUGCCCUACAUUUUGACGGCCGAUGCCCCCAGUGGUGAAUCUACAGCUCCCGCUGACGGUGAGGAAGCUGAACCACCUAAGCAAAUUGUAAGGUGAGUUCAUAGCCAAAUCUUCGUUGAUUUCACCUUUGAAAAAACAAUCUUGUUCGCUCAGAAUGUUUAUUGUGAAUUUAAUAAUCUCCAGUGUAAGUCUGUAGAAACCCUAAACGGCGACUACAAUCGCAACCUCAACGAGUAUAAUAUUAAACCAUUAUUCCGUAAUCUAAAUUAGCGCAGCAUUCAAACAAAGAUGUCUAUUGCUUAUCUGUAAUGCUAGUCGCGCUCGAAUCCAGCAGUUUCGCAUUUUUAAUGUUUUUUGCCUAAAUGUGGUGCGCAAUAGCGUAUCUGUGGCACUUAAUCAAUGUAUUUUAAAAAUACCAUCUGGUAUCUCAGCCUCCGUUAGUUUGUCCUAGCUCUCAGUGACCCAAGAAUUACCGGCGAGUAUGUAAGCAGAUCCUCAAACUUGAUGCCUUCUUUAAUUUCAAAAUUAAGUCAGUCGAACUCCUUUAACGCUUCAGAAAACUUUGCAAUACCUGGACAGUUCAAGUGAUUUAAAGACCUUCGAUAAUACUGUUAGUGUGUACUACCAAGUUUGGUCAACAAAAUACACGACAGAAAUUGCUGAAAAAACAUAUGUUUUCCUGCACCCACUGCAUGGCUUCAUGCUAUAGCGACGACCCACAGGACCAGUGUUCGGCUACCGGCAGAGUUAAGCGUGCCCAAUAGAUGAUCAUGGUUACUAAAAUAACGUACUAAGAGCGCGUUUGUGUGGGUGUGCAACUUUUGUCCUAAACGGGCUUCGUCGCCGUUACUGUAAACCAAAAAUGAAACCACAUAGACCCAUACUGUGGUGUAGUCAGGGUGCGCUGAGCAGCAUGAGUCUUUACCUAUUGCCGUAGACGCGUUUGCGUGUGUUGUACGGUGGCCUUCUAAAUGACAUCAACUCUGACCGUCUGAAGGGUUCGUACCAUCCCCUGGUACAUGCAAUGGCCUUUUCUUACUGUGAUCCUUAUAACACUCGCGUUUAAGUUAGACCCAUUACCCUGCAUGGAAGCUUGGUGCACAUGCAGCUGAUAGGCAGGUCCUGUUUGGCAGGCGCGGGUGAUGCAGUGCGUUAACUAACUCAUGAAAUGUGUCGAAAUCUGCGAAUGAUUGCCAAUCACUCGCAAACCGACGCCAUUUAAUGAGUCCAAUGUCUAUGUUAAUUAAGUACAAGUUUAAAAGAAUUAAAAACAAAAAGGAAAUGUUAAAGGCAGUGUUGCGUUGUUUAGAAAUGUCGAUUUUUUUAGAAAAGCGCAAUAUCCCGAAAACGUCAAAAUGGCUCUAAUGGCUUAUAGGAAUUUAAAAAACCUUUGGUUUCCAUCUAAUAACCUUUGUGUUUGCAAGUUUAUUAUCACGGUUAUCAUUGGACAUAAAAUAAAUUUUCACGUCCGGCUAAAUUUGCUUAUUUAAACUCUCCCGGCCAAAUUACUCUCCUUUCAAUGAAAAAGUCACUCAGAUGCGUAACCGGAGUCUUGGACGUGUAUUAGCUUAGAAGAUUGCACGAACAUAUUCCAACGUCCAGUUUCACCAAAAUUUGCUGAUAGCUUACUUCAUAUAAUGACGUAAACACAAUUUCUGCACAAGAAAAGGAUAUUUUAUUGAAGGAAUUGGAUGAGCGAACAAAAUGUACAACGUUAAAGACGUCCAGAAAUCAUCGUAUCAGUUCCCCACAUCAGAUUCCAUGAGAUAGGUCACGUACUGUAUGUACACCGUUAUACGUAUACCAUAAAUGCCAGUCGUCCUGCCUUUGCUUCUCAUCGUAGGGCGCGAAUGUGAAGUAGGUGCAUGGGUAGUCUGUUUCACCAUUAAUGAACAAAAAGAGUGCCAUCGCUCCAUUACUUUGUGGAAUAGAUGUAGACCCUAUGAUUUGCGAUAAAAUAACUACUGUAUUUGUCAGGCACUACUGGACAUGGGCAUAAUAAUUUGGUCCUGUUACAAAAUCAGACUCAAGCAUGAUAACAUAGUGUGAUUUUAAUUGUAAAAUUGACACUACUACGGUAUGUUUCGAAACCCUUUCAUAUAUCAGGAAAAAUUGAUGCUUAUAUUUAUGGUAUGGAAAUUCUUAGUUGGCAUUAAAGGCAUUCAAAAGACCACCAACUGAAAAGCCCUUCCUAUACCUAUACCAUUCUAAAAUCAGAAAAGUGAUUUCUGAGGGUUCUUACUAAGUUAGAGCCCGCUGCUGCUGCUCUUGUCUUUUGCCCGUGUUUAUUCAUUGCCCUUAAAAAGACGCUUUAUUACAAUGAACAUUCUUCCGCUUAUAGUAUCCAAGAAGCGUUCGGUGGCGGUGAUCCCAAGGCCGUUAUAAAGUUCUGGAAGGAUAAGAGCACAGCAGAAUCGUAAGUUCCUAAAGAUUUACAUUUAUAACUUCAUUUUAAGCUCUAAGAAGACCGCCCUUGUUUGCAAAACGAAAUUCUGACAUCGAUUGUUUUGGAGAGGUAGAGUUUAUGAGAUUGACCGUAAUAUCUUCUAAUCCUGAGGCCUCCGCGUUCAAAAUUCUUUCAUAAUCUGGUCGUCUAUACCAACGACCGAAUCAGACGCAAUACUUUGUAAGUUUAUGAAAGGAAAUGUUAGUGGUUGAUUUAUUCCUAAAUAAUUACGGGCUUACAGAAUGGCCCUGUGACCUAACAUCCUGUCCGAAAACGUAACCUGCUAACGUUUACUAAAUAUUCGAUUUCCUCGACAAGAUAGGUUUGAAUCAAAAGAACUUCAAAUUUGUAGCUGGCUUUCAUAGUUCAAACUCAUCUAACAGCUCAGUCAGUGUACUCUUGUCUUCUCUACUCAGCAGCUGAUUAAGCAGUCAUGGCCGAAUGGAUGUAGAAGUAGACGGUUAGGUAUGGGUUUUGUUUUAUAGGUUAUAAGAAAUUUUGAGUGGUUUAACAGUCAUCCCAGCAAAAGCAAGUAUUCCAAAAUGAAUAUUAGUAAAAUUCUUUUCCUUUUCGAACGUAGUCAUCCCAGUUCACUGAAGUAAUAACCUGGGAUCGAGUGCUGAACGUUGUUGACAUUAAAUAAAAUUUGUGACCUUUUGGCAAUUACUGCUUAGCACUAAUCAUCAAGUUUGGCAUCAGUGCGACAUCUGAUUUAAGCUCUGGCGUCUGCGAACAUGAAAGUUUGUAUUGAUGAGUAAAGCGGGCUUGGCUCACAAGAACAGCUCGGUAUCCAGUCACAUUUUCAAAGCCAAAAGCUUUUCAGAGCUAGACUUCUAUAUGACGGGGUGCAGGCAGCCACUUUCCUUUGGUCUCGACUGGCGAAAAAGAGACUUACAGUCAUUGGCAAUGUAGGGUUGCAUUUGCAGCUACCCGAUGAAAGCCACCAGCCUUCAAAUAGGCAGUUAUACACAGUUUUAUUUGUACUGGCAACAUAAUCUGAGAAGGGUCUCAUUGUUUCUCGACUAGAUUGCUAUCACACUGUAGAUUGUGUGCGUGGGAAUAACACACAAUUCCGCUGGACGACUUUCCUGUCCUAGCAAAAGUCCUAAGGGCUUGGUAACCCGAGUCUUAACAUCAAAGAUGAUUGUACGCCAAAAAUAAAGCGUUUACAUGCUUUUCUAUAAGUUAGAGUGAUUGGAGCAUUGUCUGAAUACACAUUUGAUGAAAUACUAAUAUAUUCCCGGUCGUAAAUCAAGACUUUGGCGAUGGCACCUAUGGCUUGGGUUAUGGCAAAAUUACUGAGGAGCUGAGAGAUCAUGUGGACUCGUCCAGCGUUCAUUCAUAUGUAAAAGUUUUCCAAAUAGGUCAUGCUUACUGAACUGUACGCAACUUCCUAAAUACGUCAGACACUUACCAUAACCUGAAUUUUAUAAUAACUUAACAUUCCCGCUAAGUCAGGCAAUGAAUUAAAGGCAACGCAUGCAGCCAGCAGGCAUAACUGCAACAGAUCAGAGAAAUAAGGCCCAUGAGGAGUUUUGGGGACUGACUACUCCUUUUUGGGAUUUGCUCGUAAAAUUCCCCUUUGUCUUCGCCCAGGUUCCGGUUUCUCAAUCGUAUUCGCGCCCCUAGACCGCCUCCUGAAAACACAGGCAGUUACUUUUUGUGCUGAAAAGCAUAUGUGCGAGGCGAGCGGCUGCGUAGCAGAUAUGUGGUCAACAACUAUGACGCUUGAUUUCUUCUUGACGAACUAAGCUGUCAUAGAAAACAGACUUUGAAUGCCUAAGCGCAAGAAUACCCUCUCUUCGUCCCACCAUUCCCAUAUAGAAUGCGUGCCAAGGCCUUCCCCGACUUUGUACCCGCCAAGGUGAUUGUCUAUCGCAAGGAGGAAGUCAAGGAAGUGAAGGCUGAUGAAACUCCCGACGCUGAGGAUGAGGAAGCGGAUGAGGAGGCAGAGGAGGUCUCCUCCGACAUCCCUGACUAUGGUGGCCCACCGCGCUCUGUGGUGUUGGUCAGGCCCUCUGCUAAUGCAGCCUAUCGGAACGACAUCAUUGAGACCCUCAAGUCGUCCGGAUUCGAGGUUCAAACCACGCGUGAGUUCAUCUUAACGGAGGAAGCGGCUUCAGAAUUCUAUGAAGACAUGGCCUCAUUUGCUAUCUUUAACGACUUGAUCAAAGAGAUGACGUCCGGACCUAUUCUCAUCAUAGUUGUAGCUAAGGAGGUAAGUUGUCUGCAGCAAUAUCUUCUUUUGCUUGGCCGUCUUCAUAAUCGUUAGCAAGACUAAGAGUAACUGACUAUAUCCAAAAGACCGUAGUAGUAAUUAGCUACUACCCAGUCAGUUUCAAUGAAAAAGGACUAGUUCUCAGGUCCUAUUUAGGCAUUAACAAAGUAUUUCGGAUGUGAUGGAUGGUGAUAAUGCGCUCAUGAAUCAGAUAUAAGUCAGGCAGAUAUGGGCAUACAGCUCAACUGAGCGAGCGCGCACGGGCGACUUGUAACACUGCGCAUAAGAGCUCAUGAUCGAAAACCUCAGUCCUCCCCUCGGUGUGUGACCUGUGGUAACAAAUUCCUAGACGGCGGAUGUUUGCGCCUGCAUGUUGCCACACUUGGGUGCCGACGCGGUCUUGAAGGGGGCUGAUCUUAAAUAAGCACGCUGUUGGUGUGUAAGGUCGACAAGGAGAAUCUUCCCAAAGCAAGAGUCAGCAACGCAGCCUAAUAGGACCAUAGGCAGAAUGGUAUGACCGACAAAGACAAGGGAGACUGGAAUGGCCAUUUCUGGCUUAUUAGCCGUCGUCAGCCAGUCAUACUCAACCCGAAGUGUGGAACACCCGAGGCUCGAACUCGCGGCUGACGACGGCUAAUUAGCCAGAACUGUCCAUUCCAGUCUCCCUUUUCUUUGUCGGUAAUGCCAUUUUGCCUAUAUCAUACGAAGCUGUGCGGCCGCUGGUUGGGCUCGAGAGAGAGCCCGUAAGGCUCAAAGGAACGAAUGAGUUCCGUAAGAACGAUCGGUGAGCGUCCCUACCAUAAUAGGACAAUCUUUGCUCUGACCGGGAGAUCAAAUGCAAUACAGGAAGUGGCGACAGAAAUUGUUUAACCAUGGCGGGAGGACGCUCACUGGUCAGGUGACGAACCAUGCUCGUCCCGUUAUAUCUUGGAGCUUAAUCGUGAACUCUCGCACGCAGUGGCAUAGCGACCAACACUGAUACAGGGAAGAAUACCAACAACCUCACUGUACCUACGCCUUCCCAUGACUGAUCAGCGAAUUCCCUCCCACCAUUGUUAAUAAUAUUUCUGAUCGGAACCGGCGGGACAUCAAACCUGUAGUUUAAUGGCAAAUUGUCUGACUUGACGCUAAGUGACUCGAAUCCUGGUUCAAAGUGGAGGUUAUCCAAACAGGGCUGACGAUAGUCAAUGAUACAGAAUAACCAUCCCAGUUUCCCGUAUCUUCGUCGGUAAUCCCUCCUGUAUUGCUCAUCUAACUUAAGAUUUAUCCAUUGAUUUUGUCGUACCAGUGCGACAUGUGAGCAUGCGCCUGAGUCACGUUCUGUUGCCGCCAAUCGGUGAAAAGCAAAAUAUCGAUCAGCGCCACAGUGAUGCCAUGAUUGAGGGCUGAGUCACACGACACAUCCUUUCAACUGAUAGGGGUUUCGGUCGCUGUAGCCAUACCAACUAGGCUUCCACAACGUCACCGUAGGCAUUCACUAGGCUUACAAUCUGCCUAGGUAAGUAACUAGCUCUGCUGACUGAGAAUACGUCAGAAUACGCGUGGUUUCGUUGCGUUGUAGUGUCCCUUGUGUGUUUACGUUCACUUUCUUCGGCCCGGCUUGUCUAUAAAUGUUUUUUUCGCCUAUGUUUUUGACAUGGAGCAGUACUGAUGGUAAGCAGAUCUCAGGCUCUGGAUCUGCCUAUCAGGAAACGUCAAACGGGUCCCUGCUCUGCUUGACACAAGUGAUUCUUCUAGUUCGCGUACUCAUAAGCAGUACUAGCCAUAUUUGCAUUAUUUCCAUCUAUGACCUCCUUUGCACGCUCUCCUUAGAUACCCUCAUCAGCCAGACUGAUAACGUUUGGCAAUUUCACCUUUUCAUUCUCAUAAAAAGGCAAAUUCGGAAAGAUACUGUCGUACGGAACGCUUUCUUCGCACAUAUAUGCUAAGAUCCGUAACGCCACCUCGAAAGCUCAACCGUUAAAGCCAUGGUUAAAUUUACCGAACAUCGCACCCGCAUCGAUGACAAAAAACGGGAGAACGGAUACCCAGAUAGAUUUAUCCUCCGAAAUAUUGGGGAACGCAUUGCAAAGCACACUGUUGCGAUUGCAGAACAAAAAAGAUUUAUUCAUAAGACUGCCUUUGCAGGGGACGCAGAGAGCGAACUAGUCCGACGGCGCUUAACUACAGCUAUCACGAGGGCAUUCCCUGUGGCGAAUUUACGCGUAUGCUUCACAAACUCUCCCCUCCUACGUUUGGGAGGUAAAGACAGACUACCGUUGGAGGCCACAUCAAUGUGCAUUUAUUCAUUCACUUGCUCCUGUGGAGCAGAAUACAUCGGCCGCACAACGAGACGCCUGGUAAAGAGGGUGCGUGAACAUAUGCCCGCCUGGCUAGACAUAGGUGAGACCCGGUCGAUUUCGAGUUCUAUUCUCGCACAUUUAAUCGAUACGAACCACCGAGUCGAUGCCAAGAAAGCAUUUCAGGUUGUCUACCGGACACCAACAUGCUUCUCUAAAGGCCUACGCCAACGGAUACUAGCAACGGCCGAGGCAGUAGCUAUACGGUUAGCGAAUCCGGUGUUAUGCUGUCAGAAAACUCUGACACAAGCGCUUUCGCUGCCGUGGCCAACGCCAAACCCAAGUGAUGAAGCCAUGCCGCCUCAAAUCCCUAAUCACGAUGAUGAGUACUCCGUGUACUCAACCCAAGAACAUCACUCAAAGACUCUCUUACCCCCCUCCCCUAGCUCUGACGACUAACACCCGCCGACCUUGUCAUGCGGGCGGCGUGGGGAUGAUGAAUGUUAGUGACUUAAUAGCCCUUGAGGCAUCUAUAAACACUGUUGAUUUUGUACAUUUUCAUUCCUUCAUGUAAUUGUAUUGGCCUGAGGAAGAAUUACCGAAAACGCGUGUUCGCCAACUUGACUUUUCAAUUGUAACAUGGGAAUAUUUGCGGAACUUAGAUGACAAAAAAAGAUAGAUAAUUAGGAUGUUAAUGAAAAUUGUCAGAGAGAGGGUUGAGAGAGUGCUACUGGUUGCCUUUACAUUUAACGUUUCACAGUGCUGAAAGAUGUCUACAUCUCAGUCCUUUGAGCACUUUCGACUGCCCCUUUCUUUGGGGAAUGAAAAAAAGUGUAGUGGUAGAUUUUUAUAAAUCUACAGACCCGAGCAAGCAGAAAUGUGCCACAAGACUAACUUGGCUGUCAUUCUGCUAACUGACGUAAAGUUCUUACUGUGUGGCCCACUCAUGUGCAAAUAUCAAUUAUACGAAACAGUUUUACGCGACCAUAACAUGUGAUGGUUGCGCCCACUUUACUGACAUCGCUUAUCAUGCGCCCAACCCCACGAUGAGGUUGGGUGGGGAUUCCCCCUCCCAUAUCGCAAAGGCUGGCUGGUAAGGGCAAAACCGUGAGACAAAUAAAUCACACUCAGAUCGCGGUGGGGACACAUACGGGUUCGACGGACGCUAUACACACUAGGCCCGUUUACAUGCGUCCUCACGUACACUCAAGGAGAUCAUAAGGCCGUGGCAGGUAGCCCCAAAAAUGGACAAUUGCACUUGUUUGACCAAAAGCUCAAUCUUAGAAUAAACCAAUUUCCGUAACAGUCUGCUCCUCUUUUGCUUAACUUCAGACCAGACGUAUUUUCACUCUGAUAAUCUUGACGUCGGUUUGAAGGAUGACUUCAUGUCUCGUAUUUUCUGUUCUUAUUUCCCCCUUAGGAUGCGUAUAAAACAAUGCGCGAGCUCCUGGGCCCGGAGUCUUUCUCUCACGCCCAGGAGAACAGUCCGCAAUCAUUGCGAGCUAUGUUCUCCUCCAUACCGGACGUAGAGAAAGGCGAUGACAUGACGUGGAUCGAUGCCACACUCGGCGCCCCUGAAACCCAGAAGCAGCUUCUUUACUUCUUUCCGAUUGAAACUACGUUUGCCCUCAUCAAACCUGAGUCUGUAGUCCUACAAGAGGAACUCCUUGAAAUCAUUCGAGGCGCUGAUUUCAAGAUUGCUGCCAAGAAGGAGCAUCAGUUGACUCCGGAAGAGCUGAAGGUCAUUUAUGAGCGCUCUAUGGAUAAACCCUUUUAUGAUGACCUCGUCGACUAUUUGUGCCAGUGAGUCGUGAAACACCCUCUCCGUCGACGUUUAGUCUUUUUGACUGAAGUCAGACCUGAAAUAUUAAUCGCAGACAAAUUUAACCCAACUGUGUCACCCGCACAGGAGACGGGCGGCCUUGUCUUGAGGCCCUCUAGUGAACAAGCUCAUCUUUUUUCCAUCUUUAGUAAUUCACACAGCUUUACACAUUUACGCUUUCUUAUAUAACUUUCUUGCGUUCACACCCAAGUUUUCUAAUUUUGGUCUUCUCGCCUAACUUUCUGCUGACAACUUCAUCAGUAAAAUAGAUAGCUGCUAGAAGCAGUUUAUAUUUUAGACACGAUGUUUACUUAAAUGUUCGCUGUUGUCUUAAAAGGCCUAUAUAUCCAGGUUCGAUCAUUUCAAAAAAACUCUUUAGUGAACAGGGUACUCGUAGCUCAGAUGCCCUUUUGUCAUACGCCAGUUUUUUUUCCUUUUCUAGCCGCGGAGCUCUGUAGCUGGAGGUCUUAUGGUCUGUGCCACGAAACCGCUGUUGAGGCUUUAGAUUUUGAGGCAUUAGUCCAGGAGUUUAUUGCGUUCCUUCAGUUUAUGCGGGAGUACCAUUUAGGUUUUUAACAUUCUCCUUUCGUUUUUCGUGCCAUAGCCUGGAGGGAAAAUAUAGUCCCUCUAAAUUUCAUGUAUUAGAAAUUUCAACAUCAAAAAACCAUUUUUUAAACUCGCAGAUACCACCUUCUUUGAAACCAUCACCAGUGGCAUUUCGCGGAUAGGUUAAGUGUGUUCUUCCUAUCUAUCAUCCAGCAGGCCAAACCUCGGUUAGAUAAACCUGCUGAAACCCUACGUCCAUGAAACACGCAUACUUUAUUUAACGCACAUACUUUAGUCAAGAAUGAACGUUACCUCACAGCGACUAUCGAGAAUAACCAUGAAAGUUUAUUUCCUUCUUAAAGGGCGCCUUCCAUCUGCCUAAUUUUGAAGGCCCAAGAUGGGGUGGAAAAGUGGCGAGCGUUAAUGGGCUGCGCAGAUCCGGACAGAGCAGUGGAUUCCUAUCCUGAUGAGUAAGUUGAUUUAAGCUAAUACAUAAAGACAUCAUGUUCUGACCACGUGACAGUUCAGUCCUAGUUUAGUAGGAAACAUAUAAAUGCUGGGUGUUGUCUGUCUGAUAAGCACACGCUGUUGUUAUUGUUGUACCUUCGUGGUUCUAAGACAAACUAGUUCGCGCACAUAGGUCCCAAUAGAAAAGGCUUGAAUAAUUCCUAAUCAUUAACCAUCAAGCCUGUCAAGCUGUGAAACACUUUGCUCGGGAAUGUUCCUGUUUUCGUUAAUCGUCUUCAGUAAAAAAUUAAGGAGAGGGAGAAAUAGCGUAUAUCGAGAUUCAUUCCCAUAACUCGUCGCAUAGCUCGAGUAAAUGAGACAGGUUGAAGCGUCCUUUUUAAACACAAAUUAUCAUUAACAAGACACAUUAUGGGGGCUAGAACACAGCGUAAGAGAGAAAUUCGCAGUUAGCGUUGUAGGAGUAGUCAACUCUCAGAACUACCAAAAAUAUCUGAACUGACUGCAUCUAGUUCUAGGCGUUCAUUCUUGUGGCCAAUAAUGAGUACUUAGCGCUUUCUGGCGGUCGAACUCCCUGUAAAUUUCUUUCUGCAAAUAACCGGUUUUUAGGUAGACCUCCGACUUUGAACAAAUUUUAUUUCGAGGUCGUCGUGUUGCUUUCGUUUCUUGUUUACGACAGCAUUAAAUUUGAAUUUCUUCUUCCUUUGUUCACUACUGAAGCGUAAAACCGGAAAAGCUGUGGUAUGUUAAACUUUAGUCGUUCUUUCUAUCAAUCUGAUGUUCACUCGUUUGACAGGUUCACAAGGUCGGCUCUUUGGAGCCUGAUUGGUUAGUUUUUGUGUUGCAGUUUUCUGUCUUUUGACGAUGUCAAACGUCAGGAAUGUAAAGCGUUUUUGAAUUUUUGCGACGAAGUUUACGUGCCAUCUACGGACGGACUAGCCUCGACAACGCGGUACACGGCAGUUCCUCGGUGGAGCAUGCGAAGGCGUGCAUCGAGCUCAUCUUUGGUGCCGACUGGGAUGUAAAAAAGAAGGGUUAGUUGUUUUUAUUUUAACCUGUCUGUUUUUUAUGCGUGAUUUUCAGAAAACGCCUACAAAAGCUUCACAUUGGACGCCAGGGGUGAGGGAUUGAGGUGUUGUAACGGCGGCGGCGAGGCCAUCAAAACCGUAACAGCAUCCACUUAGGGCUGUUGGAAUAUUUUUCGCGCUUUUUAUUGCGCAGAAUUAUAUAUGAGCGUUCCAUUUUUUCCAAAAACCACGCUUUAUUCCAUUACGGUGCACUGCCACUUUACUGAAGUAAAAUUAAAUACAUAAAUUUUAAGAAAAGUUUUACACAAGAGUUAAAGGCGUCCUGUAGGUUUUCAGUAUACCAUAAUCUUUAAAGUAGUAUGCUCCGUAGUCUCGUCUUACAUUGUACAAUUUUUUAAUGUUUUAGGGGAAUUGAUGAUGUUAUGUCUGUCGUAAAGUCAACGGCUAAGAAUAAAUCCAGAUAACCUAAACAGACCUGUGUCCAUCCAGUGUGGUGAGAUCCUGAAAAAGACCUAAAUCUGACCAUGAGGCUUCAUGAUAAUAUGUAGUUCCUAGCCCCUCCCCCAAUUGCCUAAGUCGGCACUUUCUAGGAACAACGAAACAUAUGACUUGGCCGAAGAGGACAAAAACUUGACCUUUUCACUGCGAAUGCGACACAUGAAACGGUUUUUACCCUUUUCAAAAGACGCCUGAAUAAUACUAAAACACCAUAUUAAGACGUGCGACCAAACGUUUAUAAAUUGCGGAAGAAAUGACCGGAGCAAGAAGACGCGUCAAAUUUUACUCAGGAAUGACAAAUAACCUUAACGUCCUUUUAUAUUAAGUUUUUUCAUCUGCCAAGUAAGACACUUCUGUUUACCAGCCUUGGCUAUAAAGAAAACGCUCCCGCCUAUCUACGAGCACAAACGCUGAAAAAAAUAUCUGCAUACGGGGCUCCCAUCUCAUCUGCGUAGCUAAGUCUUAAAAAGGAAGCAGCUAGAGUUUGUGCUACUGUCAUACAAUAAGCAAAAUGAUUAAUCGAAUUAUGUGCGUUUUCAAGUCUUUACAUUUUUCCAUUUUACCAAGUUUUGUCCCUCACUGCUUAUUUCGUUUACUGCAUUUUAGGUCAAGACACAGAUACAUGUAAGUUGAAACCUUCGCUGUCAAAGGAUAUAGCGUUAUGAUGACGGAACAUUGUAAACGACCUCGGCAUAACGGAAUUGCAGACAUUCUCAGAACUUUUUACUAUCAAGAAAUACUACCGUAAAGACGCAAAACACUGUAGUAGCCAGUUCCUUGUUAACCUGCCGUCAACAGCCGACCACAUUCCGACCUCAGGUUAGGAGAUAUGGAAAUGGAGUUCGGGCACUUUGCUCACGAAGCAUCUCAGACAAACGCACUACCACUUGGACCACCGUCCGGCGUCAUGUCGGCUGCCAUCGGGAGCAUUCAGUGUAGCAUGUUGCGGAGUUCUCCAUCGCACUCUAUGUGAAGCGCUGAAUAAGGUCGAUUUUAUUUUGCCUUUGAGCUCAUUCACGAGCAGUCACCGUCUAUUGCAAAGUGACGAACAUGUAGUAGUCGAAGGAUGCAACCAGCAAAGACACAUGUCGCAAAAAUUGACAUUGAUAGACGCCGCAAAUUAUCGACAGCCGGGAAGUUCGUUUUAAAGCGAAAAGGCGUAGACUAUCGAAUUCCGCAUUGUAUUCAAAUGCACGUUUAGAUAAAAUGCGAAUAAUAGUUUGAUGAUUGUGCAUUUGUAAACUGCGUCUCCAGGUGCAGUAUUGCGAGUCCAUUAAAAUAAGUCAGAGGCAGGCGUUAUUAUUGAUUUAAGAAUAGGUAUCAUAUAGUGGCCCGGUACACUCAUUAAAAAGCCAUCCGCUUUUUUUCAGACCUUGACGGUGAAGGCGAAGGAGAAGGUGAGGACGAAGGCGAGGGUGAGGGCGAAGGGGAUGGUAAGUAAACGGGUUAGCUGGACGUUCUUUGCUAGUUUUUUUUAGUUAAUCAUUCGGAAAUUUUAACUAGCGUCUAACCGACAAUGCUCAUUGUCGUCCGAGUUAGGGAAGAUCCAAGUGGCUGCUCUAUUAAGCUCAGAACAUUGUUGGUCGACGGUGGAAAAGCACGGUUAUAAAGUAUUACACAGUUGGUACCGUUGUAGCAGGCAGAAAUGUCACUCUCCAGACGACUGCAUCAAGUGGCAAACUGUUAGAGGAACAGUGUCAAUGACCCUUCGAAAAGCAAGCUAACUUGUCCAUCUUAAUAUACUAAGAUAUACCUAUGUGACCGACCAGCAACUCUCUGUUCCGUCAAGUGCUUUAAUAACUCCUGUAGGUUAGAUUUCCUCCUAAGUACCUUUUGAGGCCACCUUUCAUGACAAGAAACGUUUCUUGGGAUCAGACGAAAGACGAGAGGACCAGACGAAAAGCUUCACUUGGUGUUUGACAGUGAGGUUGUGGCCACCCAACGCCUUCGCAUUCAACACCAGACAUCCAACAACUGCGUCCGCUCAUUCUACUUUAGUAAAUCCAUAUCCGGAGUUUAUUUAAAGACUCACUAACUGUCAAUUAUUCUGUGUCUAUCUCACGGACAACUUUGCGCAGGGGAGAUUUCAAACUGGAGUGACAUGUAGCCGAUAAUUUUUUUAAACAGAGCAUAACACCUAGUCUAAUGAUAGAAACCCCAAAUUCAUUCCAAUCAUCUUCCCGCGUGCCGUUCAUGCUGAUAACCUAGAAUAAAUUGAAAAUAUACCACGUAGUUUUCCUUUUCACAUAAAUUCAGGCGCUUUCGUUUGUUUAUAAACAUAACAAAUGCUUAAUAUGCACAGAGAAAAUUUGCGUAGAUUUUGGGCUUGACGAAACACGCAAACCGUACACACCGAAAAAUCCUGAUUUGAUUUUUCCUUAUUUAGAUGAUGGAGAAGGAGAGGGAGAAAGUGGUGAGGGUGUUGGGGACGAUGGAGAGGCCAACGGUGAGGCUGCGCAAGAUGCCACAAUCGAAGCCUAG